AUAAUGUGCAGAAUACGGUUUCGAAAGGGAGCAGGACCGCAGCAGUGCACGCAGCAAGUCAAGAUUGUCAAGAUGGAUGCUCGGUGCCGUCGGUGCGGAGUAUGGAUUUUGCCGCGUGAUUCGUAAACGAGAAUUGUCAUUGUUGUUUAGUGAGCAAAAAAGGAAAACGUGCACCGGGAAGCAUUGUUGUUCAUGGUGUUCCAAGGUGUUCCAUAGUGUCUCAGUAUGCAGCGUUAAGUAAACGGAAUGCUUUCAUAUAGUGAUGAGAAAAGCACCUAAAAGCAGUGCGGUAGUAGCGGCCUUCUACAAUGGUGGAUAACAAUUGUAUUAUCGAGGGAAACGUCAAAUUUCGCGACGGCAAAAAGUGGAAAUCAAGAUGGUGUGUCAUGAGGAAGUUGUCACCGGUUGCAGAUUGUCUUCAUUUACAACUUUACGGAGAUAGCAAGGAUCGAUAUAAGCAAGGUCAAACGAAAGCUUCAUUAAGUUUGCAACAUUUUCUCGGCGUGGAGAGUGGUUUCACUCUUGACAAGGAAUCCAAUACUAUAGCUAUAAUAUGCCAAGACGUGACGGUUGUUCUGGCUUUCGACACUAGAGAACGAUUGAUACAAUGGCAAGUGAAAAUCUCGAACAAUUUGGGCGAAGAUCAGCAGUUCCUGAUACUGAUCUCCACGGUUCCAUCGAAAGCGAAGCUCACAAAUGGACCAGCACAUUUACACAUUCAAGAUCGCCGUUUUUGCAUCACCGUCGGCAUACCUCCCAGAUUAGUCGGUAUUUGGGAAAUCGCGCAUCUCCGACGAUAUGGCGUGGUCGAAGGACGAUUCUGCUUCGAGGGUGGUUCGAGAUGCGGCCGAGGAGAAGGUCUCCACGUGCUGAUAACGGAUCAAGGAGAAGAUAUCGUGAAGAUGCUGCAAUUAGCGGCAGAGGGGAAGCUGACCAAAAAACGACCGGUUAGCAGAGAACAGAUAACGCAGGAGAGCCCGCGUCGUCAGUUCUCUCGAUCGGAAACGAGGGCCAGCGAUUUUUUCCCCUCGGCUAUUUACUCGUCCACAUAUGAAGAGCAGUGCGACAGCUGCAAGAACGAGAGCUCCCCCUAUUGGUCGUCCACUGAGAGUAGGCAACAAACAGAGCUCGACAGGGAUUACAGUAGCAGAGACACUGUCUCCGUGUCGGAAUUGACCGAUCAGCCAGGGGAAUGGCGCAGCUGUUCUCUUACUCGUCAAGGAACAUCCGCUCUCGAGAGAUGCGCUAGCUGUAUCAGCAAGCUAGGAACUGUAUCCAAAUCGUCGACUUUAGCCACCACGACUGGAGCAAGCAGUAUAGGCAGUCCAGCAGGAACGAUGAAUAAUUUUGGUUGCCAUCUACAGCCACGUACGCUCGAUCGGUUAUCGUUAUCCUCGUACAGUAGUAGCAGCCACGACAGUGACUAUUCCAGUUCACAGCAGAUGGAAUGUCACUGUUCGCAAAAUUCAAAGAGCUCGCAACAACAAACGAGCGUUCAUCGCGUGUCGCCAAGCCCUAGCGCACUGCCACCGAGACCUCCGAAACCGUCCCAAAACACUGCCACGAAGAAGGUUAAGAAACCUCCUAUGCCCUUGCCAAACGAACAAGUUUGCGUGCACUCGCGUAGCAAGCAGCAGCUGGUUGUACGAAAUGCAACCGCGGCUGCUGGUCCUUACGAGAAUUACGACGUACCCAAAACGAUCUUGGGCCAUCAUAUGCUGUUAGAACAAAGUUCCCAACCGGAUCAGUAUUACGACACGCCAAGGAAAAUUAAAGAAUGUCUAGCACUGCCAAAAACCUAUCCUAAUUACGAUACGCCACAGGCGCCUCAAGCUGUGGUAUUACAACAAUGUGGUUGUCCGGCUAAACUCACCGUUCAAUCUCCCAGAUCUUCGGGAUGUCCCUGCCAAAACAUGAUGAGUUGGGCUGGUUUUGUAUUGCCGUACUGCAGACGCGGCGCAGGAAUUGAACCAACCGGUGUUGCCGUACAUCCCGUGAAACUUUCUGGAGAAGGUAAGAUGCCUGUUGUGAACGCGAGCGGGGAGAUCGCGAUUUACGCGACGGCGAAACGGCCGAAAAAGUCGGAGAAGUCGGAGAACGACGAAGACAAGAACAAAGACAAUUGCGAAUGCCCAGAGAAUAGAACAAACAAUUACGAGAACGUCGAGCCUGUUAUCGACACGCAACCUGAGUCCAAACAAACGAAUUACGCGAACAUAGACUUUACCCAAUCUCUCGAACACUAUGAAAACAGCAAAGAUCUUUUAGCAAAGAGUGGAAUUUCACAGGAGGAAAUUGAGAAGUUUUCCAAUCAAAUUAAGGACGAGACAUCUGAACCGCCCACAGAAGAUUCGUCCAAGAUAUGCCAGAAAUGUGGCCACGUUAAGGACCGAGAGAACGAUUACUUAGUCAUGGAUCUCGAAAAGCAAACACCAAAGAAACCGUUCUCUGGAUACCUACCGAUGCAGCCAGCGCACAAUGCUUGUUCAAAGGAGAUUUUGUCGAGAAUUUGUAGCGGUAUAAAGAGCUCGAGUAACCCUGCGUUAUCAGGUUCCGCGUUAAGCGAGGGAGGGAAAAAGAGAUCCGAUUCUGAAUUUCGCGUUCCAGGUUCGGCGAUGUUGUCUAGUCCGUACCUUAGACGCCGUUACCUGGAGGGAAAUAGCGGAACAGAAUCCAACGGGAACAUUGGUCUAUUGUUGAGAAAACGAUCUUACUCUGCGGAAUCUGCUCACUAUUUGGACGAUGAGAAUCAUACGUUCCCAUCGACGUUGACCAUUCACAAAUGUUCCAGCGAAGCGGACAAAGCUUCCCUGGUUAGAGGAGAGACCCAUUCCCCGUGCGUUAACUCAGAAGUCAAGAUAAAUCAAGAUAGCGGACAGAUAUCGAUAACCUCACCUCAGCCGUCAUUCAUAAAAAUUCGACGCUCCUCCUCCGUUCCAUCCAAGACCGGUCACAAUAGAGACUCUUCCAGUAGCAACGACUCAGGCGUUUCUACGGGAUCUCUUAGUCACAGAACGGCGGAAUUUGUCGAGUUCGAAUUGUCAUUGGCCCCAUCGACGUCGGCGAGAAAGCAAAACGUGUUGUCAGUUUAUAGGAAGAGUCCACCGCCUACGUGUUAUCACAGCAGCCUACCAAGGAAAUCCAAGUCCAGCGAUCCGCUUCGAGAGUUGUCGUUUCAGUUUCAAAAGAUUAAGAUUCCUACAAAAUCCUCUUCAGCGGAAGCCGAUAUUCCCACGUGUUUACCUAAGGCCACGAAAGGAUUCAAUAGUCCAGGGGAAGUGUCUAAUGCUCCUUAUAUCGACUCGCGAAGCACAAGCAGCGGUACAUCCGAUAUGUCCGACUACAUCGAGACACUGUCGUUGUCGUCCCACUCGUCAUCCGAUACGCCAGACAGUCUGAGACUGGGUGGCAGAGCAGUGGCAACGACGCUUCGUCCUCGCAGCGGGAAAGAGUAUUACAAGAUUGACAGAAGUAUUCUUGUUGAGCAAGGAAGAACGUUGACGACGCCAUCCGCCAAUUACGCGAAUAUUACCCCGGUGCUUGAGAAAAGCGAGUCCCCUUCGCCUGGAUACAUGAGUAGCUCUCCCUUUGAACAGCCACAACCUACUCGUGAACACUUUUUGUUUCCCGAUGAAGCUUGAACAUAGCAACACUGUUUGGCAAGAGAGCGGAAAACUUGAAGUUCCUAGGAAUUCCAAACAAAACCAGUAAGAGUAUUCAUGGUAGAAAUUAUAAUCGGGGCAUCGUGACUGUUUACACUAUACGCGGGUAUCUAGUAGCUGACCAUUAACGCUUUUCGAAGUUGCACACGGUACGAACGGUGCAUUUCGUUAAACCGGGAAGAACGAGGAUAUCAUCUUCCAGUGGUCCAAGGUUCAGGAAUCAUAGUAAGGAAUUUAUUCAGGACGGUUAUCUUUCUGCGUUCUUUAUGUCUUUUUACGAUAAUGUCUUCUUACAAAGCGAACCCGCACAAUCAAAAAGAACCUAACAGAGGGGAGUUUUCGUAAGAGAAUCUAGGUUCUAGCGUAUAGUCGAAAUGAAGUCAAUAUACAAUUGAAAUACUUCCUACAACGACUCAAACAAUUUCUAAAAUAUGCUCAAUAAGAAACUGUAAUAGUUUGUAUAGUAAGAAUCCUGCCCUAGGAUAAAAACAAAUGUGUGCAUCGUAUACUUUAUAUGAGUAUAUCGUUUUUUGGAUAUGUUUUAUUUUAUAUGAGUAUACUUCUAUAUAGGGUAUUGUAAAGCGGUUAAACCAGAGGAUUGCAAUCAAUGCAUUCUGUGUUUAUACUGGUUAACGCGAUACCAUCGAUUUACAUUCUAAAAUAUACAACCAAAAGAUAAAGCAGAUGGAGAGGAAGAAAGAAAAGAAAAUGCAAUGAAAGUAGUCAGUUGCAUAGCGUUCACAGGGUUUUCAAAUCUUUACUAGUUAUUUUCUAAAGGCUUAAGAUAACAUUUAUAUAGCCGUGAAAUGGUCUUCUUUUUAACGAGAUUUAUAUGGUGGAUAUCGUAGUCUCUGGGCAAUCAAAGAUGGCACUAUGUAUAGAUUAUAAACAAGAUUUAAAUAAGUCCUAAGGAUACGCGAACUGAUAUAAAACUCGAAUUAUUUUUAUUGAACAUUUUAAUGGUUCAUGGGCAGACAUUUUUAUUCGUAAUCAUUCUCGUCGUAAUACGUUCCCAUUUUUAUACAUUCAUGUACAUUCGAUUUCAUAUGAUUUUCCUACUAGAUUUACGUAGAUCUACGCAACGAAUUAGUUCUUAGAAUCAUAAUUGCAAUAUUAUAUUUCUCUUCUCAUUUUUUAUUCGUAAUAGUAGCAAACGUACUUAAGAUAUUUUUUAUUCGUACUUAAGAUAUAUCUAUGGUCGUUUCGUAUGCGCGAAGAACGUAUAUGUCUAUGGAAUUCUUUACGAAAAAAAAGCGACAAAAAGAAGAAAAAAAAGAAACGAAGAAUAUUUAUUUUUACUUCAACGGUGCAGGAUCUUUUUGAUAAUAAAAGUAUAUCGUAGACGAUUAAGCGAGGGAGCUAGUACGACGUAUCGAAGGGAAAUCGAACUAGUUAGGCCUAUUUUACGUCUGCACGGCUUCGAACUUUCUUUUGAUCGUCAUUAACAAAAAAGGAAAAGAUUAAUUAUAUAUGCGCGAGCUGUAAUUGAACAUUUUUUCAUGGCAUGCAAUUUUUCUUGCUUAUGUCGAAAUCGCGCAUAAAAAGCAAUAAAAAAGAGAAAUAAAACAAAGAAACGCGCGCAAGGUUACGCGAUCGUUAAUAGAAUCUUGCACCGAGGAUAAUCGAGUUUUGGAACGCGCUGGUCGGGCUGGUCGAUAUUGAUAUUAUGCAAUGCAGUGAUACUGAACGCAAUAAUAGAAAUGCUAGGAGUUAUAUGGCCAUUAAGAAUGAAAAGAAAGAAAAGAGAGAAAGAGAGAGAGAGAGAGAAAUGAAAGAAUCGAUAUCGAGUGUUUUCGCAAUUGAAAUAUAUUAAAGCGGAUUAUUCUCUGUUUCAUGUACAUGUUACGCUCCGCGGAGUGGAUAAUCAAAUCAGUAUUCAGAAUCAAAAAGAUCAACGGUAACGUGGAUUUAUCAUGCGUAUUAGAGGUUCAUUGAACAAUGUAAAGUUAACCGGGAAUCAUGAUUCAACGACAAUAUAGCUUGUAUUCCCAUCCCCGUCGCCCCCUCUCCAACACUCAAGGAAUUGUUUUCAUCGAGCCGGAACAGAAUUUGUAAUAUACGAUAAAUUGUAAUAACUCUCUAACACUACUACGUCCGUCGAUGAUUUUUCGAGGUUAUGUUCUGGUCUAACCUUCUUUUACUUUUUUCUAUCAGAGCAAUCGCAACUAUCGCUGUAGCAAUGCCACGCUUGUCCUUUUUAUCACGCCGCGGUUUUUUUGUAAGGAUCCGAAGCGAAACGAGCCACGAGCAACUAGCUCUAAAGGCUGUUUCGCACAGAGAGCGAUUAUGUAUAAAGAAUUAUAUACUUACAGUUGACUUUAUAACGAAUUGUAAAAGUAUUAAAGUAGUAUUAAUCACAAGACUGAAUGAAAAAAAAAGAAAAGAGAGAAGAAUGAAAUAAUAGUUGCUGUGUGAUUAAAUCGUAGGAAAUAUCUAAAGAAGCUAGAUUUAUAUAUCAUUUUUUGUUCACGUGUGCGGCUCCCUUCGAGCGCCAUUUUCCGAUUAACCAUUUUUAAUCAGGGAGACUCUUCUCUCCCUUUUAUUUUCUACUCUGCAUUCCGUGCAUCGAACCUGUGUCUGUGUCUUCUAUAAUAUCGUAGAUAUGGCGAGACGUAAACGCGAAAGAAAAGAAAAAUACGAAAA